AAGGUUCUUGUGUUAAUGAGGGGUUGUCCAGGGUCGGGGAAGAGUACCCUCGCCAAAGCCAUCCAAUUCAACGGGGUUGUACUGUCAACGGAUGAUUUUUUCAUGAGGGGUGGAGAUUUCAAAUUUGUAGCCAAUCAACUUCAAGAGGCUCACGAAUGGAACCAAUCAAAUGCCGAAAAGUACAUGCUAGAUUCAAGGUCACCUAUCAUUAUCGACAAUACGAAUACUCAAAUGUGGGAGAUGAUACCUUACGCAGCAAUGGCUGACAAAUAUGGCUACAUCAUCGAGGUCAUUGAACCUGAUGUACCUUGGAGGAAAAAUGCCGGUCAGCUGGUCAGGUCAAACAUGCAUGGAGUUAGGAUGGAGAAUAUAACUUCCAUGUUGGAUAGAUACGAGAACAAUAUCACCAGUCAAAAACUUCUC